UUUGUUUAACAAACAUAAUUAUGCAAUCAUGGUUGUUUCCCUUACUAUCUGCUCUACCUAUUAACGGAAUGAACUGAUCCACCCUCUUUCCUGUUCCUGGAAUUCCAAGAGUCUCUUAGAAAAAUUUAUAAAAAAUAAAAUCCAACUAAUCAUUGAAAGAUUAAUAUGCCUGGCAGAGGAAAAGGUAUCAAGAGGAGAGCUGGAGGUCCUACAGCUGAGAAUACAAAGAGAAAAAAGAAUUUUAACCAGGACCCUGGAGAAAUUGUCGAUAUUUUAUCAGGACACGACGGAGCUGAGCCUUCUUCUUCUGACUCUGAGGUGUGGGUCUUCGGUGACUCUCUUGUACGAUGGGCCGGGGAAAGAUACGGAUCUAAAAGUAUUAACAAUGCAGACCAUAAAGUUAUCUGGGAUGGAAAGUCAGAAACGAGAAGCGAGGAACUCAAAUCUGCUAUACAGCGUGGACUUUUAAAAGGUUAUAAACCUUCUGUUAUAAUCAUCCACGUAGGUGGAAACAACGUAUCUUCAGCAAACACAUGCAAAAUUAUUUCAAUCGUAUCUAAAGCUCUGAAGUAUCUAUUUUCAGUUUUUCUAAAUUCUAUUGUUGUUUGGACAGACAUUCUACCUAGGUUUAAUUGGAGGGGCACACCCAACACCCUCGCCUCUGCAAAAAUGAUGGACCUUAAAAGAAAAAGAAUAAACAGAAAAUUGAAACAGACCAUUUUACAGUAUGAGAUGGGACGGGCAUUGAACCAUCAAAACAUUAAUAGAAAUAACCCCCAUUUCUAUCGCCCAGAUGGCAUUCACUUAUCUGACCAUGACAAUGACGCAUAUCUGUCAAAAAUGAUGAUCGCAAUUUCAACUUUCACCCGUGACAAUUCAUGCAAAUCAUUAAAUAUGGGAUAGAUUCAAUGCUGAUAAAUUAGACAUGUAGCUCUAACUAAAAAAAAAACAAUAAUAAUAAAAUAAAAUCUUUCUUUAGGAUGCCCAGAAUUUUGGAGGGCAAAUUACAAAUUUGCUGUGGCGGAAAAUUCUGGCCAGCCACUAGUCGGAGGCAGUCAAUUCUACAAUAACCUUUGUCUCUACUUGGCCAUGGAGCACAAAUGAAUAACCAAGGGAGACAACUCAUAUUGAAUUCUUUUGCAUUUUAGGGCUGGAUUAUUGUCUCCCCUGACUUAGGUGCCUCAUUAGUAGGAAACGACCAAGGUGGUGAGGUAAUAUAUCUGGCAUUUACUAAAUUAUUUUUUAUACAAUUAGAGGUCAGGGUUCAGCUCUAACAGCUAUAAGCUAGGCAGGCCUGCGUAACCUCUAAUUUUUGGCUUUCAUGGUAGUGCGGUGAUAAGUAGUGCGGUAGGGGCGGUGUGUGCUAAUAGUAGCAGCACAGUGUGUACUAGUAACUACUGUACAGUUACUAAGUUGCGCUUAAGCUGGAUCUAAUGGGGUAGUGCAGUGCAAAAUGCUGCCGUUGAUAGUGCGAUGAUUAUUCCUACAUUGGCAAUAGCAAACUCCGACUUUUGGCUGGCCGGGAUUUUCAUAGGUCUCUAUUUGGCACUCUUUAUUUGUGAGAACCAAAGGAGACAGUAAUUUUUAUGUUGCGGCCUUUCAUAUUCCACUACUUUAAUUAAUAAAUUUCAAUAAGUUCAUAAAUUUGCAUGUACAACAUUAUGCUGAAUAAAUGAUGUUGAGUUAUUUGGUUUUAUGUGUUUUUGUCAUAAAUUAAUAAGGCUUAUUGCAUGACAAUAAUGCCAAUUUAAUUUUGUGAAAACACAACUAUAUAUUUGUAGCAAGGGGAGUAACCUUUGUUUAACAAACAUAAUUAUGCAAUCAUGGUUGUUUCCCUUACUAUCUGCUCUACCUGUUAACAGAAUGAACUGAUCCACCCUCUUUCCUGUUCCUGGAAUUCCAAGAGUCUCUUAGAAAAACCCACCCACCUCACCCAUUUAGCAGUAAUAAAUUAUUACGGUUAAUUUACAGACCAUAAAUUUUAACUCGGGUUAAAUAAAAAUAAACAAGUGUCGUCAAGGUUUGUUAAAAUUCAGGAUAUGAAAAUAUGCCAAAUGCUUAACCAGUACCUUAUGAUACAAAGUUGUACUGUGGUAGAAUCUAACAUGGUACUACUUUACUACAAUUUAUUGAUAGAGAUUCAGAAAGUGCAAUUUAAUUCAUAACUGAACUUAAAAGUUGAUAUCUGUAAUUGGCUCCCUGCAAAUACAAUAGGACUCUAUGUAGUAAUUAGAUUUUUUAUCCUGUUGCUGCCGAUUAGUUCUCUAAUUCACAGGGCUGAAGAUAACCUCACUUCACGAAUGGUUGAUGAGAAGUUAUGUCGGGAAAGCUACCACGUAAAAGAUGCAGCUGCAGUAACAGGAUUCAGAAAGUCAUGUGUGCUAACAAGUGUCAUGAGAUUGCAAAAGGACCAAGGAUUUAUCAUGUGUUUUAUACUAAUCAAACAAACUGAAUAUUUUUCAUAAUACAUGUUACAGAAUAUUGUGUUGUAAAAUACGUUUGCAAAGGACCAAGGAUUUAUCAUGUGUUUUGUACUAAUCAAACAAACUGAAUAUUUUUCUCAAUACAUCUUACAGAAUA